CGAAAAUAAAGGUCGGAUUAAGUUGUUUAUUUACUUAUUACCAGCUAUAUACUUUUGGAGAUUAAAUAUUGCAUAUAUAUAUUGAUAUCUUAAUAAAACUUAUUAUUAAUACAUUAACUCAUGAACAAGAAUCCGGAUAACACUUCCAAUCAAAUGGAAACAGACUUACAACUUCUUGAAUCUCAACAUCCUGAACUGGGUGAGAUUGCCAAAAGUUUAGCUCAGAUUGCAUUACAUAUGAAAUCGCCUGUUUUAGAAAAUGCAACAAAUAACAAUGAAACACAAAGUUCAUUAUCUACUAAUGAUACAUUAUAUCGUAAUUUUAUGCAGUUACAACUUCAAGAUCCUAAAAUUCAAAAUUUGCUGCUUGAAAAACAAAAACAAUCACAAGUUCAGAAUAGCACAAGCAAUAACACUAUAAAAAACUUAAUGGAAACUAUUCUGUUGAAUUCACAAAGUAUGCAUAAAUCUCCAAGUCAAGCAGAUGAAAACUUUAGUGGAACAACAACUUCUAGGAGUGGUUCAUCUGACCGUCGGACAAUUGGAUACACCGGUAGAAGUGUGAGCAUUAACGAAGGUAAACAUCUUUCCGGUUCUCAGUCUCCUUGUGGUUCAAAUAUAUCAUUGCCAAAAUACUCGGACACUUCUCUCCCUAUGUCACGUCAAACACAAUCGAUAACAGGGAUAAGUCAAAAUAAUCAAGAAAUUAUUCAAUUAUUACAGUCGAUUAUUCAAAACGGUAAUUCUCAAAAUGCAAAUUUACAUAAUUUAAAUUUACUAACUCAACUUCUACAAUUAUCAAUUAAACCGGAUGGAUCAAACAAUGUUUGGAGUUCAGUUAUUCAACAAUUAACUAAACAAUUACAUCAGUCCUAUCAACAACAACAACAGCAACAACAACAACAACAACAACAACAACAUAAUAAUAAUAAUAAUAAUAAUAAUAAUAAUAAUAAUAAUGAACACAUGCCCAGUAUUAAUAGCAGUAGCAAUUUCAUUCCAGAAAAUACAAUCCCAGAAAUAAAAACAGAGUCUGUAUGGGCAGAUGAUACAAACACACAACAAAAUAUUAAACUGCCAAGUAACUCAAUGUCAUAUAUACAGUCGACUAACAGACCAACGAAUACACCUAUAGUAAAAAUUCAAGAUAAUACAAUGACAGGAAAUGUAGAAAAUGUAAAUCAAAAUUCAAAAAUGGAAGUUGGAAAAUUAAAUCCGUAUGAAAUGGAACCAACACAGGAGACUGUUAAAACUAACCAUAACCUAUGGUCAAAUCCUGGUUCAUAUAAUAAUGUAAAUCAAGCUGUUAAUGCCAAUAUAGGAUAUUCAAGACAAGUGACUAAUGUAUCAAGAUUAUUAAAUCAAGAGCGUCCUUGGAUGCGAAGUCAUCACAGAGAUAGAUUUGUUGUACGAAUCACAUCAGUAACUCAUCGCUGUUCAUGUCGAUCAAAUACUCCAAACCAUAAUCGUACAACAGAUUCAAAAUCUAAUCAAUGUCAAGGCAAAGAAUGUAAACUCAGUGAGCCACGUAUUUAUGUCACAUUCCAAACUCAAUUACCAAGUUUAAGUCCACCUGACAAUGCUAGAAAACAUGGAAGACAUUCACACCAUAUACCAUUAACUGGGCUUAGAUUGGGAUUUAGCUGUCCAUUAACUAGUCAAGGACCACCUAUGAGUGAUUUCGAAACACCAAAAGUAGCUGAAAGAUUUGAUUCAUGGGAACAAGCUGGUAAUCGUCCAGGUUUUCGUGUACAAAUAUUGACAGCGCUACAACAUACAAUUCGUCAAAUGCUCGAAUUAAUUAGAACAAAGGGAUUUAGUGCAAUAAAACUCGAUACAGAUUAUGUGUUCUUUCCACCAGCAGCUGAUCUUCAACCAAUUUACGCGAGACGUAGACCACUGAGUUCAUCAUCAGAUAGUUCUUUGCCAAGAGUAAUGGGUCUUGAACGAAUAAGACAUGAAAUUAAAAAUGAACCAAAAAAUCACAGUUUCAAUACAAAACUAAGUGAAAGUUUAAAUUAUACUGAAAAACCAGAACAAUCAAUUUGGUCAGAAGUGAUGAGUGAAUCUGAAGAUAGUAACACUGAUACUGUAUUCAAUACAAAUAGUCUAAGUAUACCAAGAAAUAGGCCACGAACAUGGUAUCAAUCACCUGGACAAAAUUCUUUAAGUACAUCACCAUCAAUAAUAUUGACAAAAAAUAAUUCAGAUUAUAGAAUAAAUGAAAUUACUGACAUGGUGGAAAAUGAUCAUUAUCAUUCUAUUGAUAAACAUAUUAAUAUUGAUGAUAAUAAUGAUAAUAAUAGUAAUGAUAUCUGUUACCCAAUGAGUUCAAGUACAAUUGGUAUAUCAUCAAAUCAAUCAAUACAAAAUACAUGUUGGUGUACUUCAAAUCCAACACAAUAUUCUUUAUAUCAUAAACCUGGGCAUAAUUCAUUUUUAUCCACUUCACAAAUAGCAAUUAAUCCAAAUGUACAAAUGAAUUAUUCUCCAUACACUAUGGUAGAUGAACGUUGUUGGCUUAAUAAAAGUAUAAAUACCCCAAACAAACUUCUUAGAUCGUUGGGUGCUCCAUAUUCAACUCCGGUUAGUCCAACACAAUUUAUUCUACGUGAAUCUACUAAUCAGAAUCAGUCAAAUGAUUAUGAAGCAAGUAAUCUCCAAGCAUCAGCAUCAACAGAGCUGGUGGGAAAAUUAGAAAAACCUAAAAUUCCCACCCCUGAAUAUCUUCAAAGUACUACAAACUCAGAACAAAAACGAGAUUACUUAAGUAAGAUUUUACAAGAAAUAUCAAAUUGUCUUCAUACUAAUCCUCAAUAUCCCAUCGUUAUCAUGCCUACUUCACAAAUGUUGAAUUUCUCAGAGAAUCAACAAGCGACCGAUAAUAAAAACAGUAAAAAAGCACCACUUGUUUUUCAAAUACCACAUUCUAAUUCGGUUUUUAUAGGCCUUCCAGCAACCUCAGGGGUGAAUCCACGGGUUAUGACAGCCUCGCCCACAAAUGCUGUUAUUGUAUUGCCGUCAUUAACAACAGAUCAACAGUUAACUCAACAAUCCACAUCACAACAAAAUUGUCAGUAUUCACCUCUCACAAAUACACAACCAACUAUUUUAACAGGUCCAAAACAAGGCUAUUUGUUAAUUAUUACACCGGACAAUAAGUAUGAAUAUGUACCACAGCCUUAACUACCAACAGAAACUACAAGCUAUUAAUGUUGCAUUUACAAAAUGAUUCUUUCCCUGUAUAUUUAUGUCAAUAAUAUAAUCAUAUUAGCAAAUUAUUAUGCUCGCUAACAAUGCAACUAAAUCGUUUUAUAUCCAUUAUUACAGAUGAUGACUAUACAGGCAGAAAAAGAGGAAUCAGCUGAAUGGAAACUACUAUUACUACUUUUUAUCUUACUAUAACGAAGAAAAUUGUCGUUUCCUUGAAAUGAACAACAAACGAUUAUUUCAUCCCCGUGAAGAUUUGACUUCAUAUUUUUUAGGUAUAACGUCAAAUCUUUUAAUGCAUAUUUCGUCUUCCAGACAUAAUUAAAUAAACAGAAUAAAUCAUUAUUUUGAUUCUAUAUACGAUUGUAUAACAGAUCUGGUAUUCCUAGUAAAUGUUUUAAUACAGCUGAUCUACUCAAUGACCAAGUAUUUAGAUUCAAAAAUGUUAGCGUUCUUAUUUGUUUAUCAUUAUUAGUUUAUAACAAGAUGAUAGUAUUAAAAACUCGCACAUUAUAAAUUACAACAUAUAGGCAGACGAUAUUGUAUUCAAUUACAGUACUUUGGUACACAGUAAGAUUUAUGGGAAUAUAUGAAAACACUAAACUGAUCAAGGCAGUUUAUGAGUCAGUGACAAGAACGAAACACUAAAAAAACAAACAUAAUAAGUAAACAGCACAGGUGUGAUGACGAGUGUGCCGAUUGUGUUGGGAAUAAUAAAGGCCCGAAUUAAUGCUUCAUGAUAAGAAGUCGGUCAAAGACUUGAAAAAAAUAGACAUUGCAAUAACAUUCAUUUGAAAUUAUUAGAAUUACUUCGCCUUUCCGUAGGCAGCGACACUAAAUGCAAGAAAGCAAUAGGCAGGAGGAAGGUAUAUUUGUUGUGAGAAGUUACUAAGUAUUUACAUAAUACAUAUACAUUUACAUCUUUCGGUGUGUUCUGUCAUUUGAACGUUAGUAGUCCGAUAUCUGACUCCAGUUAUAUCGUAUGAUGAUUGCUAUCGAAACAUACAUCCCGGCUACCUUUGUACAUAAUCACCGACCUAAAUCGCGUUAGUGGAUAACGGAAUUAAAUAAAACAAACACGAGAAUGGAUUUCGAAUACGUAUAUUUCGUACAAUCGUUGAUCCAGACAGACGAUCAGAGAAACGAAGCGAACAAAGAGAACAGAGAAGGACGCGAAAUGAAACGAAAUGACGCACAGUGAAGAAGACGAUUGAGUAAACUCGUUUUGACGAAGUGUGAUUCGAUAUAUGUUACCAGACAAAAAUAAUUUAGACACGUGAUGAAUAGGGUAAGCAAUUAGCACACAUACGACCAUAUAAGUAGUCAUGGUUAAUAAGCGAAUAAUUGACAAAGUCAAAAUGUGGCUUGAGAUGAAUGAAUAAAUUGGUCUGUCGAGAAGCUAGAAUAGUCUAAAUAACUUGAUAUAGUACCAGCCACUAUGUAACUUUCUUCUCGUUUAGGCUCCCAAUGCUCUGCCAAUGCCACGCUUUCGAUGUACUGAAACUCUUUACUCUGUCCUAUAAUUGUUGCGACUUCGAAGCCACAUCCCGUUACAUAUUAUUCACAAACAAGCCUGUGUGUAGCAUUCACCACAAUUUCGUAUUUAUGUAUUUGAACACAAACAUUGGUACAAGAUGGCACCAAAUACAAAUGCGUCACACAAUAACAAUGAAUUUGGGAAGAAAUGGAAUGUAAAGUGCGU